GGCCCUGCCUGGUGAGUUAGUGAGGUUAUUUCUUCUGUGCUUAAAUAUAAUCUGGGUUUUGAGAGCUGGGUGAUGUUUCCAGCCCUCAAGUUCACCUCAGGUCAAAGCAAUCUAGCAUGUGUUGAAAGUACAGCUGGACAGCCCGUAAUCACUUCAUAUUGACUGAGCAGUGGUGGUUGAAUUCAUUAUUAACAAGGCAAGAGAGUGUACGUCACUGAAGCCAGCACUAAUGUUUUGCCACAUGUUUUUUUGUUUAUGUGACUCAGAUUUGGUGACUUAAUGGUGAAAAGAUGGAUUUUGAGGUGAAAAGGUAUACACUGGCCUUCAUCUCUUUAGGAUUAGGGUUCCUCCUCCCACGUGCACUUCCUCCUAUUAGAAGAGACAGCAGGAUCAUAGAGUUGUUGGGAAAGUCAUUGCCACCAGACAGUGAUGAAACUGUUAAAGCAGACCUGUCUUCUGCCCUCUCCUAGAUAUUAUAAGGCAGUUUUUCACCUUCUGCCUUGUCAUGCCUUUAAUUUUCAUCAAAGCAUUAAAUGCUACAUAUCCUUCUUGCAUGUUUUAAAAAAAACAAAAGUGAGCUCCCAGCAUGACUCCAGAGACUGGAAAGAUAGAGAAUGAGCUCUGGUAAGAUAUCUAACUAAUCUUGAGAAAAUCUUCAAUGCCAAUCCUACAUAUCUUUUCACAGCCUGGACUUGGAGACUGUCAGUUUCAUGUGUUGACUUGGACUGUUGCUUUUACUAUAGCACGGCCCUUGAGGCUGGAGAUGGUCUGAGCUUCCAGUGCGUGUUAGCAUCUGCAGACUGUGCUGUAUAAUGGUCUUAAGUUCAAAGCCAGCAUACUCAGGGUUCUUUCUGAACCUCUUGGAGAUGAAGAGAUUUAACACACAGUUGGCUCCCCUUUCUAGUGCCAGUCAUGGGGAAGAGGCCUACAUGGGAGCAAGAAGCAGGCCUUCUAUUGACAGCUCCUUUGUGGUGGAAGGUAAAGCAGCAGUUGCCAUUUCUGCAUCUCAAGAGGAGCAGCUAAAAUUCGGGGCAAUUUAUUUUCAGAACCUGCCUCCUAGUGCAGAGCAGAGCUGGGGGCAGUGCCAGGAGGCCUGACAGCCAGGCCAGUCUCUUCUGUAAGUGAAGGCACUACUGAACCAUGGAACAAUUCCAUUUUGAAGGGAGUAAUUCAAUCCCCAGCUAACAUCCAAAUGAGAUAAAUUUCUUGGAGCCUUGCCCAUUAUGAAGAGAACUUAUGACUGUAGUGAUAUAUUCUCUCCAUGCCAAGACAAAGCCCCUCAAUGUGAGAAACCAUGGUUGGUAGGAAAUUCUCUGCUCCUGGGUCAGAUCUGCAAUUCCAAACCCAGCCAAGGACCCUCACAUUGUGCCCACUUCAGCUGUUGACUCUCCAGCUGCACUGAUGCCCCAGAGGGCUGUUUGCCACGGAGCAGAGAAGCAGCUGGCUGUGCUAUGUGAAGUGCCUGCCUUUUCCCAAGACACCUAUUGUCUGUCUGCAGCAUCAGCCUCCACCCUACUUGUUCACUCAGCCGUGGCUGAUGUGUCUUUAAUUAAAGAGGAGGAACAAUGUGGGAUUAUUUUCUUUCCUAAUCUGAUUUCCUAUUUCUAUCAGGCUUUGAGCCCCCUCCUCUUAUUUUUGUCGUGCAGUGGUAUCCUUACUUUUAUGGAGUAUUUGCUCUAAAAUAAGGAAUAGGAAAACAAACAAACAAAAACCCCAGCUUGUUUGGGCUGGGGAAUUAAGAUCUUGGGUCAGAUGGUUGCUACAGUCAUUAACAUAUUUACAUUUUUGCUUAAGAGCCUGGUUGAGGAUCAAGGGAGUUAAGAGUGAUUGUCAUUGAAAUGCGGAGGAAACCUUGCAUGAAAUUGCCGUUAGUAUCCCAUUGUUUGGGGGCGGUGGGGGGGCAGUCGGCCUUCAUCAGCCCUGCAGCGGUUGGGUUGCACUUGUCUGUCCAAGUACAUGGGCAGAGGCAGAGGCAGAAGCAGAAGUAACCAAGCUUAAGGAAGCUGCUGGGCUGCCUUCAGAGGCUCAGCCCUGUGGGGUUGGGGCUCAGUGCAGCCAUGCCGGCUGCCAGACACCAUCCAGCCUCCCUGUGAGACAGAGGUGCUGAGCUUGUGGGACAAGUGGUUCAUCAUGGAUAAGUACAUGAAGCGCCUAGCAAAGUUUGAUCCUGACAACACCGGCUACAUCAGCACAGAGAAGUUUCGUUCGCUUCUCCAGAGACACGGCUCAGAGCUGGACCCCCACAAGCUGGAGGUCCUCUUGGCCCUGGCAGACAGCAACUCGGAGGGGAGGAUCUGCUACCAGGACUUUGUCAACCUGAUGAGCAACAAAAGGUCGAAUAGUUUCCGCCAAGCCAUCCUUCAGGGCAACAGGAGGCUGUGCAGCAAGGCACUGCUGGAGGAAACAGGGCUGAGCCUGUCGCAGAGGCUGAUCCGACACGUUGCAUAUGAGACCCUGCCACGAGAGAUAGACCGCAAGUGGUACUAUGACAGCUACACCUGCUGCCCUCCGCCCUGGUUCAUGAUUACCAUCACCAUCGUAGAGGUUGCCUUUUUUCUUUACAAUGGAGUGGUGCUAGACAGAUUUGUGCUGCAAGUUACCCAUCCCUUAUACCUGAAAAAUGCAUUACUUUACCAUCCUCAACUCCGUGCUCAGGCUUGGAGGUACCUAACCUACAUAUUCAUGCAUGCAGGGAUAGAACACCUUGGACUCAACGUUGUCCUUCAGCUCUUGGUUGGGGUUCCCCUGGAAAUGGUGCAUGGAGCUGCGAGGAUCAGCUUUGUGUAUGUAGCUGGAGUCGUGGCAGGGUCCCUGGCAGUGUCAGUAGCUGAUAUGACUGCACCUGUGGUAGGCUCCUCUGGAGGUGUAUAUGCGCUUGUCUCAGCUCACUUGGCCAAUAUAGUCAUGAACUGGUCAGGAAUGAAGUGCCAAUUCAAACUGCUGCGCAUGGCUGUUGCCUUGAUCUGUAUGAGUUUUGAAUUUGGAAGGGCUGUGUGGCUGCGAUUCCACCCUUCUGCCUACCCUCCAUGCCCACACCCCAGCUUCAUGGCUCACCUGGGAGGGGUGAUGGUUGGAAUCACCCUCGGUGUCAUUAUCUUGAGGAACUAUGAACAGAGACUCCAAGAUCAGACUUUAUGGUGGAUCUUCCUUUCUAUUUAUCUAAUCUUUGUGUUGUUUGCCAUCUUCUGGAACAUUUUUGCCUACAGUCUGUUGGAUUUGAAGCUACCUCCCCCUCCUUGAAUGCACAGGACAGGAAACUCUGGAGAGCAGAAGUAGUCUGCCAGCUGCAUUGUACGAGUCAAGAUGGAAGAUCUAUUUUUAUAUUUAACUUAGGGGAGGAUGAUUAUUUUGAACACAAUUGUGUGUGGAAGAAGAUGCUUAAAGAUCUCUCAAGUGAAUGGACUGAUCAGUUUGUUAUUAAAUCUAGCAGGUACUGUAAUGCUGGCUGGCCUGGACCCUGCAGUUUCUUCACUGCUAGGGCUUCCAAUGGGCACCUUGAACCUGGACAUUUAUCACAUGGUUUGUUAGCACAGAUCAAUAUUCUGUAUGGGAUAUUUGCAUUUCCUUGGUCAGUGCUGGACUUACAGCUAGUUGUUGAAUGAAUCUUCUCAAUAUUACUAAACACAAGAAGGGAAAAAGAGCAGUCAGUUACUAACUAGAGACUUGCAUGAUACUCCCAAGGCAGACUGGGUUUGGUUUCUACAGAUACAUUUGACUGUUCAGCCAUACCAGUGCCACUGUCUAAUUACUUGAAUGGUUCCUUAAAAAUGUAAGCCUUUGGUGGAACUUGUUUUAUGCACCUUUCAAAGGGAUCAGCAGAACUUUAUCACCCAAAGUGAUGGAGACUGGUCUUUCAACUACAGGUCAAAUGAAAUUGCACUAUAAACCUUGGAAACUCUUUAGAGUGAUGUAGACACCCAGCUAGAGGUGAAUUUACCAUGCAUGUUUUACUUGAUUUAUACUUUUUUCCCCAGCCUGAUGUAGCUAUGGCUUGUGGCUGGGGUUUCUUUUUGAGGGAUGGAGGAAAGGAAGGCAAAUGUUUAGUUUUGAUUUUGUCUGUUGACAAUGGGGUUUUCUUCUCACUUUAUUUGGGGCUGUAUUGAUUUAAUGCCUGGCCUGCAGUGAGGUCCAAGCAAGGAUCUCAGCUCUUUCAACAGGCUCCAGCUUUAGAGCCAUCCAGUCUGUUUGAAGCCAGCUUUGUCCACUGAAGGUACUGGAGUUAAAUCAGGGUGUAUGUCUGGUUUCCUACUGAAGUGGAAAGGAGUGUUACAGUGACCCUUGUGAAGUUGAUAAAACUGGUUUUCAAAUGGCUGCUAAAAUCUGAGGAUUUCUGAGGCAACGGAAGUUCAGAGAAAGCAACAGCCAGUUGCAGUGAUGCCUUUUUGCUUAGCGAAGGUCAAGCCCAGAUUUUAAUAAUCUGGUUUGAAACACAGUCCAUACAGCAGCAUGACGUGUGCUGCCUGCAUGGACCUGGGGGACCAGACUGGAAUGUCUGCAUAGUGCGUGCCUAUGCAAGGUGCAUAUUCACUUUUGCUUCUCACUUUGGAGAGCUGCCAAACUAUAGUUGAGGAACUUGGAUGGUUCCUUUUCUCUCCCCUUUGCCCACCUAGUUUGGUAGCUUGGAUAAAGCAGAAAUGGGAGUCUUUGUAGACUAGCUCCUUUUUCUUUGCAGCUUGGUGCCCAGCCACCGCCAGCCCUCCAUGGCACAUCUUGUGGGCAGUGCAGCAGCUGGGUUUUCUCUGUGGCAAAGUGUUUUUGUAUAAUAGGCUUUAUUCUCUCAGUUGUGUAAUUGGUGCUACCAGAUGAAACCACAAACUGGUGGGAGCCUGUCUUUCUAGAGGGGACAUUCCCAAGAAAUCAUCAACUGUAGUUCCCUUAUUUGCCUUUAUAGGAGAAAUCUCUGCAGAAGGUAGAAGUUCUGUUCCUGUGGUAUCUGCUAGUAAAAAUCCAGUUGCCUCAGGAAAAGAGGAGGAGAAGGAAAAGGGUCGCUACAGCUGGGAAUAAGCUUCAUCUGCAGAAGAACCAAGUUUUGCUAUGUUUGUGCACAGAAAUGGAAUCUCAGAGGGUACCUUUCUGCAUGACUGGCAUGUUGUUCGUGGGCCCUCAGAUCGAGGGUCAAGGGUCAGAGCUCUAUAUUCUGUCUGAAGAAAUGGGCUGAUUCCCUGUGCUAUUUCAUCUAAGCAGAUUGGGUCCAGGUCAGAGCAGUCACGAAACUUUAUGUGCAUUGCUUCAGGUCAGGAGCUGGUCAGUGAGUUCCAUGCUGGUGAAGACUGUCUCCCUGGAGAGCCAUAGACAAGCAGGAGGGGGGAACUAGAAUGCAGAGAAAAGCAUGGCUAAUGCCAUUCUUUCUUCACCUAUUGUUAAGCCUUUCUGAAUACAGAUGCCUUUAAACCAGAGGUGAGAAGGAAAUGGGAAUUGCCCUGGAAGUUUUCCUAAAACUUUGAAAAUCUAGUUAAACAACAUCAGUCACAAUAAAGCUCAGAUUAUUUUGCCUAUAAUUUAUCAGA